AUGUUUUGCAUGAAUGCCUUGAGGUGCUCAGCUAUUAUGGUGGUAAGCUUGGAUCAUCAAGCCCUUUCAGUGGAGAGAUUCUCUCGGUGGUUACACAUGAUCUGUACCAUCCUCCUUGCUCGAAAUACUGUGGCAGACAGGACUAAGGCCAUGGGUACGUCAAACAAACCCUCAUCGUGA